AGAGAGUGUUUAGAGCUUCCCUCUCCUUUUACAUUCAAACUUACAUUGUUCAGAGUGCGGGUCCUGAAUUCUACCACCACAUUGGCCGGCUUAGCUUUUCUGCCGGCAGCUUUGACCUGCUUGGAGAGGCCGCUGCCCUCUCCACGAACCAACCCACUCCUUCCCUCUCCCGCCCCGCUCCGCUAUGCCAUUUCCGCUCCAAAGGGCCGGCCCAGCGGCCUGCCAAGCACCAUGCGUUCGCUGCGGCGCUUAGGCUGGCUCCCCCAGUCGCAAGAUUGGGCAGCUGCCUGCCGGCAAAGAAAGACUUACUCCUCAGUCAAGGAACAGUUGGAAACAAAAUCAGAAUCAAAGCUUCAAAAGCAAAUAUGCCAAGUUGUUCUUGAUCAUUUUGAGAAACAAUACUCCAAGGAACUGGGAGAAGCAUGGGACUCAGUCAGGCAAGUACUUUCUACACCUCAGUGCUGGCAGUAUGCUGUCCUCCUUAAUAAAUUCAAUUUUUCCUCUGAAGUGAAGAAUGACUUGCAUUUGAAGGGCUACCACCUCCUUUUCCCAGAAACCUCCUCCUGUUACCAGCAGUCAUUCAAGUGUUACAUCAGUAGCACUCCUGGUAGAUUCCCUGCUCAGAAACACAGAGAUGGUAAACUGAAGGAAUAUUACCUGCUGAAUGCAGCUUCGGUUCUGGCUGUGCUGGCCCUGGAAGUCAAGAGUGGAGAGAAGGUUUUGGAUAUGUGUGCGGCUCCAGGAGGUAAAUCGAUAGCAACUCUUCAGUACGCCAGGCCAGGGCUUCUGCAUGCCAAUGAAUAUGAUGGUUUGAGAUUACAUUGGUUGAAGCAGACACUGGAGUCCUUCAUCCCUGAAUCUUUGAUGAGCCUUGUUACUCUUUCACAGUUGGAUGGAAGAAAAAUUGGAAAUCUUCAUCCUGAAGGGUUUGAUAAGGUACUAGUGGAUGCCCCAUGUUCCAAUGACAGAAGUUGGUUAUUCUGUUCCGAUAUCCAGCAGGCUACCCUACGAUUAGCCCAAAGGAAAGUAUUGUCUGCUGUACAGAUACAGUUGCUAAGGUCUGCAAUUAAAGCCUUGCGUCCUGGAGGAUCUCUGGUUUAUUCCACGUGCACUCUUUCUAAGGCAGAGAACAGUGAUGUCAUAACAUACAUCCUUAACUCCUACAACAAUGUUCAUCCAGUGGAUAUGAGUGCCUUGGCUAGUUCUGCAUCCCAGGAGUUCACUCUUGCAGCAGGUGUACAGCAGCAUGAACUUCUAGUACUUCCAGAAAGGGGGAAAGCAUGGGGACCAAUGUAUAUAUCUAAAUUAAAGAAAGUGUGAUUCUCA